GUUUUCUCUACGAGUAGUACUUCUAGCUUUGCUUAAUUACGUACAACUUCAGAGGGAAAAACUUUCUUUUUUGAGUGAAAUUAAUGGGGGGAACUUCUCCAUGUGCUUCUUGCAAGUUGUUGAGGCGCCGCUGCGCCAAGGACUGCAUCUUUGCCCCUUACUUCCCUUCUGAUGACCCUCAUAAGUUUGCCCUUGUUCACAAGGUCUUUGGUGCUAGCAAUGUCAGCAAAAUGUUGCAGGAGCUUCCGAUUCAUCAAAGGGGAGAUGCUGUGAGCAGUUUGGUUUAUGAAGCAAAUGCAAGAGUGAGAGACCCGGUUUAUGGCUGCGUAGGGGCAAUAUCUUUCCUGCAGAACCAAGUUUCUCAGCUACAAAUGCAGCUUGCUGUGGCUCAGGCAGAGAUACUCUGCAUCCAGAUGCAGCAGGAGCCUGUAGCCUUACCCAACCAGAUAGAUCAUCAACAUAAUCAUCAUCAUCAAGAUCAUGAUCAUGAUCAGAAGUCCCUUCUUUUAUCCAACAGUGACUUCAAUAACAUUCCACAUCAAUACUUCAGCAGCUUUGCUUCUUCUAGCAAUGUAAUCCAAGACCCUCUUAAAAGAGAGUCUCUCUGGACUUGAUUUGCUUAAUUAGCUAUCAUCAUCAUCAUCAUCAUUAAUCAAAGUACUGUCAAUCCAUCUUUCCAAUACAAUUUCCUUUAUCUUUGUUUGAUCAUAAUUAUUUAGUCUAUUUCUGUGUGAUUCCCAUGUGCACGUAUGUGUGUGCGUGUGUGAGAGAGAGAGAGAGAAGAGAAUGAUAUCUGGAAUUCUGGGUCAACCCCUGCAUGUGGGAGAUGGAGUAAAGUAGGGGUUUAAAAAGGCUUCUUUUUCUUACCAUAGACGUCAGCUUGUAAAUCUAUCCCAGUAGCCCUAUUUGACUA